AUUAUUUCCGCAAAAAACGUAUAAACCCUAAACUCCCCCUCAUUUCAUCACUUGCUUUCCGCCUCUCUUCAUUUCCUCUCUCACACAAAACACACACACACCCUUCUCUCUCUCUCUCCACAAAAUGUCUCCCACCGCCGCCGCAAUCCGGCCACUAGUCACAAUCCAAACCAUCGGAUCCGACAUGUCAACCGACACACCCCAAACACUCCCACUCGCCGACGUCAUGAAAGCCCCCAUCCGUCCCGACAUCGUCACUUACGUUCACGGCAACAUCUCCAAAAACUCCCGACAACCUUACGCUGUCUCCAAAAAAGCCGGCCACCAAACCUCCGCUGAAUCCUGGGGAACUGGUCGUGCUGUUUCACGUAUCCCACGUGUCUCCGGCGGUGGGACCCACCGUGCAGGUCAAGCAGCUUUCGGAAACAUGUGUCGUGGUGGUCGUAUGUUUUCUCCGACCAAGAUCUGGCGUAGGUGGCAUCGUAUGAUUAAUGUCAACCAAAAACGAUACGCUGUCGUUUCAGCCAUUGCUGCUUCUUCAAUCCCUUCACUUGUACUCGCUAGAGGUCACAAGAUCGAAUCUGUUCCUGAACUUCCUCUUGUUGUUUCAGACUCUAUCGAAAGCGUCGAGAAAACUUCCGACGCUUUGAAAGUGUUGAAAACUAUCGGCGCUUUUCCUGAUGUUGAAAAAGCAAAGAAAUCUAUUGCGAUUCGUGCUGGUAAGGGUAAGAUGAGGAAUAGGAGGUACAUUGCUCGUAAAGGUCCACUUAUUGUUUAUGGUACUGAAGGGUCUAAGCUUGUUAAGGCAUUUAGGAACAUUCCUGGUGUUGAGAUUUGUCAUGUUGAUAGGUUGAAUUUGUUGAAGCUUGCUCCUGGUGCUCAUUUAGGGAGGUUUGUUAUUUGGACUAAGGGUGCGUUUGAGAAGCUCGAUUCGAUUUACGGAUCGUUUGAUAAGGUUUCUGAGAAGAAGAAUAAGUAUUUGUUGCCAAGGCCUAAGAUGUUGAAUGGUGAUCUUGCUAGGAUUAUUAAUUCUGAUGAGAUUCAGUCUGUUGUUAGGCCUAUUAAGAAGAACUUUGUUAGGGCUCCUAUGAAGAAGAAUCCAUUGAAGAAUUUGAAUGUUAUGUUGAAGUUGAAUCCGUAUGCUAAGACUGCUAAGAGGAUGUCUUUGUUGGCUGAGAAACAAAGGGUUGCUGAUAAGGAGAAUAAGCUUCAGAAGAAAAGGAAGGUUCUUUCUAAGGAGGAGCUUUCUACCAUCAAGGCGUCUGGGCGUGCUUUCUACAAGACUAUGAUCUCAGAUUCAGACUACACAGAGUUUGACGUCUUCACUAAGUGGCUCGGUGUUUCUCAGUAAUUUUGCUUUCUAGUUCAAGUUUUGUUAGAUACAUUUGGUUAAUUUUUCACUUUGGUGAGUUUUGGUUUCCGAAGACUUCAUAUCUAUCAAUUCUUCCCCUGUUUUUAAACUUUGUGCCCCUAUAGCUGUUGUACUAAGAAGGCUGUUACUGAUACUUUACCGUCUCCUUGGGUAUUUGUUGGGCUAGUUCCCAACUAUAUGGAUUUUCACUUCUUUCCUA